CGCACUCCAUUUACUCCAUAAAGUUGCAAAAUCAAAUUUUCCGCGAAAAUUGUGAUUUAAAGAUAAAAUAAGUAAAGAAUGCGAAUCUCAUUUUUUUCAUUUUAAGUUAAAAAUGGAAGAAUCUAUUUCUAAGUUGGUGCGCAAUCACAACAAAUUAUUGCUCUUGGAACGUGAGGAGAAUUUGCAGACCUUUUUUCAAGAUCUUUCACCGGGGACUAUUCACAAUUUAGAGAAAAAUGGGCAGGCUUUAACGAAGCUAAAAGUUACAAAUGUUGCCGGGAAGGGUCCAGAGAGAUUUCAAAUAGAGUUGGAGAAAUCGGAUGAACAGCCUCUCGAAAAUUGUUUGUCUCAGGGUGACCUAGUGAUAUGCAUUCAAUCGAAUCAAAAAAGUCACAGAAUAAAAGGAAUUGUCACCGAUGUGUCUGAUACCACUUUAACCAUCUCUUCAAAUGAUAAUUUUAAUGAUGAAAUACAAGAGGAGGAUGUAUUUUCUGUUGUCAAAACUGAUUCUGAUUUCACUUACAAAUGCCAGACAAGAGCCUUAAGCAAUUUAGAAAAAAGAGAAGCCUAUUCAUCAAGAUGUCUAGACUUAAUCAGAAUUUUAUUCGAUGGAGACAAGAACGCCGUUCGUCCUCUGUUAACGGCUGACUUGCCAAUACCAGAAAAGUUCUUAGACAAAAAUAAGUUACUAAACUUUGCAAACAAAUCUUUGGCAGACGAUCAAAAAUCGGCAGUUGAGUUUGCAUUAAAGAGAAAAUAUUUUGCGAUCAUGCAAGGACCUCCUGGUACUGGAAAAACAACAACUUUGGUCGAAUUGGUAGUUCAGUUGUAUCGUCUUGGUAAAAAGGUUUUAAUUUGCGCUCCAACAAACGUUGCUGUCGAUAAUAUGGUUGUUAAACUAGGUGAAACCGAAGCAAAACCUUUGAGACUCGGCCAUCCAACAAGAAUAAUGAAAGCAGCUCUAAAAUUUUCCCUCGAUUCUUGCAUGCAACGUGACGAUGGAUACGUUAUUCUACAGGAUAUAAAACGUUCGAUAAAAGAUUUAGAAACGUCCGCGAAUUCGGGAAAAGGACACAAUUACAAAGAAAUCAGAGACUUGAAUAAGGAAUAUAGAAAAAGACUGAAUAAGUUAACAUAUGACGUCCUUAGGAAAUUUCCGGUCAUUUUGUGUACCCUAAACUCCUCUUCGUCAAACGAUGGUUAUUUGCGACAUGUUGCGAAGGAUCACUUUGAUGUUUUGAUAGUCGACGAAGCUUCUCAGGCGAUGGAGGCAUCAAUGUGGAUAGCAAUUCCAAAUGCCCCGAAACUUGUUUUGGCGGGAGAUAUUAAUCAAUUGCCACCUGUCGUAAUGUGUCAAGAAGCAGCAAAUAAGGGUCUCAACAUGAGUCUCAUGGAAAGAGCAAUCAAGAAAUUAGGGAAAGACUCAUUCAGAUGUCUCACAAGACAAUACAGAAUGAACGAGAAAAUUAUGUUGUGGUCAAGCAAACGAUUCUAUGAAAACAGUCUGCAAGCCGAUGAUUCAGUAAGGCAUCAUUUGCUCAAAGAUCUUCCUGAAGUUCGAGAAAUUCCUUUGACAACCGAAUCACUUGUGUUUAUUGAUACGUGUGGCUGUGAAUGUGAAGAGUAUCAGACUGUGGCAGAAUCUGGAUCGAAAGGAAACGUUGGAGAGGCUGUUGUUGUAAACAAAGUCGCUUCUUCAUUGAUUCGCGCUGGUUUAUCGGAUAAAAGUAUCGGUGUGAUAACGCCUUAUGCAUUACAAGUCGACUUAAUUCGAAGAUCAUUAAUCGCAAAUUCAUUACCGAUAGAAGUAAGUACAGUCGAUGGAUUUCAAGGUAGAGAAAAGGAAGUUAUUAUCCUCUCUUUAGUGAGAUCAAAUAUGGAAAAAGAACUCGGUUUUGUAACCGAUUUUCGAAGGUUAAAUGUGGCAGUUACAAGAGCAAGACGAUUGCUUGUGGUAAUUGGAGACAGUGAAACUGUAGAGAAAAAUGAUGUUAUUGUCAGUCUUUUGACUCACAUCGAGGAAAAUGGUUUACUGGAAACUGCAGAGGAAUACUUAGCUGUUUCAGACAACGUGGAAAGUGAAAUUCAAAAAACAGCACAAAGGGGUACGAAAAAGAAAACGAAAACAACAUCGUGUAAAAAAGAAGAGGAAAAGAAGGUCGUGGAAAAUAUUGUAAAAGUGGAAGGCGGUGUGAAGGAACAAAUCAAAAUUCCAAAAAAACUCAGUGAUAAGGGAAUCGAUUUAAGCAGUUGUCAGAAUAGAAAAGGAUUCAAUAUUUUUGAAACUAUCGCUGCUGACGACCCCGAAGAAAAAGAUGAAGAGGAUCCCCAGGAUGUAUCUGAGGAAAAAAUAACUUUGAAGUCAAAGAAGAAAAAAGAAAAGCCAAAAGUAGAGAAAGAAUUAAACCCUCAAAGAGAGGACGAUUUUGAUAAAGUACUUGCUGAGUUUGCAAAAUCGAAUCAUGUUUGUUCACUCGAUGGUUGUAAAAAAUCAACAAAACUUAUUUACUAUGAUUGUGAAUUCUGCAAGAAACGAUUUUGUUUAGAACACGGAAUGCAAGAAAUUCACGGUUGCGGGGAAGCAGUUCGUCGAAAGGAAAGGAAAGAAUUCAGACACCGGAUGCCACCGCCUGCGAAAAAACAGGAUAAAGAUAAAUUUGCACAAAAAUUAAAGAAACUGGAAGAAGCUAGGAAACCGAAAUCCACAAAGGAGGACUCGAAAAAGUCAAAGAAAAAAUAAUACAUGUAAAUUAACUCGCAGAAGCUAGAGAAAGGGGGAAAAUAGGAAGUUUCUUGAAAAUGGAGAAAGAAGAAAAAAAAAAUUUUAAUCGUAGACUCUUUCUCGUUUUAACAUAUUUAUUGUUUCCAAAAUAGCGCAAAACCGUGUACAUAGUUAAAAGUAUUUUCAUACAAUUUUACUCAAAAAUGUUUGCAUCCGAUUAUAUAAAGAUUUAUCAAGUCUUCGGAAAGAAAGUCAACAAAGGUAAACUGUUUGAUUCCAGCUUAAAAUUUAGUCGUUUGGUCACAUAAAUUACAACGAAAUAACAUAAAAAUCGUGCAGUCCAAAUGCAGGUAUGCAGUAGUCAACUCAUUGCGCCCGGUUUUGACAAUUGCUUUUACAUUUUGAGCUUUAAAAGUGCCAAUUCGCUAGGAUCUCAUAAAGUAUAAAAAUUAUAGGCUCUCUUCAAGUCUUCUUUUGCACACUUUCUGUAAAUGGAAAGUUGUCUUUCGGAAAAAAGGAUAAUGAUUUAAAAAAAAA